AGAGACGAGCAGCGCAACCAGAAGGGGUGACAACAGAGACGCAACUCCAGAGCUGACUGACAGGCCCUUAGUCAUGACUCUACUUCUCAUUACCACACUGCUGCUCUCAGGUCUGGUCAGUCUCUCCUCCUCUGUGCCACAUCAGUUCCAUGUGGUGAAGGAGCAGAAGAACUGGUCAGAAGCUCAGCAGUACUGCAGAGAGAAGUUCACUGACCUCGCCACCAUAGACGACAUGACAGAGAUGGAGAAGGUGAAGAGCAAGAUCCAUGAAGCAGGUGCUGGAGAUGCCUGGAUUGGGCUGAAGAGGGGAGACUGGCAGUGGUCUCUGGCUGACAGGGAUUUCUACAGAGAGAAUGAAGCAGAGUUCAGGAACUGGAAUCCAGGGGGAGACUCCACACAUCCCUAUGUGCUGGUUACUGAUAGUAAGAACUGGACAGAUGCUCAGAGCUACUGCAGAGAGAACCACACAGACCUGGCCAGUGUGAGGAAUCAGGCAGAGAAUGACCAGGUAGAGCAAGUUAGAAGAGCUUUGGGCAGGUCUGCCUAUUUCGGCCUGUUCAGAGCUGCCUGGUCAGAGUGGUCAGAUGGCAGCAGCUCCUCAUUCCGCUACUGGAACUCUGGAGAACCCAAUAAUGUGGGUGUGGUGUGCACUGUAAUUAUGCCCAGUGGUCAGUGGAAAGAUGAAGACUGUGGCCAUCCUAGACCCUUCAUCUGCUAUAGGGAUAUAGAUGAGUGUGCAAGAGACAGCUCUACAUGUGGACCCAAUGCUGCCUGCAGCAACACCCAAGGGAGCUUUAGCUGUGCCUGUAACCAGGGAUACCAGAAGCCUCCUAGAGUGACAAUCACCAACGCUACAAACCCAUGCCAAGAUACAGAUGAGUGUGCAAGAGACAGCUCUACAUGUGGACCCAAUGCUGUCUGCAGCAACACCCAAGGGAGCUUUAGCUGUGCCUGUAACGAGGGAUACCAGAAGCCUCCUGGAGUGACAAUCACCAACGCUACAAACCCAUGCCAAGAUACAGAUGAGUGUGCAAGAGACAGCUCUUUGUGCGGACCCAAUGCUGUCUGCACCAACACCAAGGGGAGCUUUAGCUGUGCCUGUAACGAGGGAUACGAGAAGCCUCCUGGAGUGACAAUUACCAACGCUACAAACCCAUGCCAAGAGCCGGAGGUGAAGAGGCAGAUUGUGAGAGUGAAGUUCCCGGUAGAAUCAGGUGUGGACAUGAACGACCCUGACACGCUGAAGGCCGUCCUAAAGCAGAUGCAGAAAAGACUGGGGUUGCCAGCAGAUGCCAAACUGAGCUGGAAGAAGCAACCAGAUGGAAAGAUCUUCAAGAAGCAGAAGGAGAAGAAGAAAGAAGAGGGGAGGAAGAGGAGGAAGAGAACUGAGCUCUAAACACUCUGCUGUUGUUCAUGUGAUGAAGUGAAUGAUAGGCUUUUCACAGAUCUAUCUUUGGUUUGUCUUCUUUGAUUUCUAUGUUUAAAUUUUUCACUUCUCUUCAGUCUUUUUGGUUGGUGAUUGUUUUGGUGAAACGGAAUUUAGGACUAUUGUUUUUCGGGAAACAUCAUUGUAAUUGUUUGAAAAUGUUUGUUGCUAAAGUUAAAAAAGCGAAAACGUGGACAAUCUCAUAGCUUACAAUUAAAAUACUUUUAGUCAUAUAACUGCUUAAAUCCAGCUUGCUCUUAAACAAAUAAAAAUGUGCGAAUGCUGCAAACAUAAGAUAACCAGUGUGAAACAACUUAGACUUAAAAUGUUUUUGCUUAGACUUAGAGGUUUGUAAGUAUAAAAAAUUUUUUGCUGAUAAAACAUAAAGUGUGUUUGCUUAUAUUUAAAAUAUUUGUGUUAGAUUUAAAGUGUGAUGAUAAAUGAAAUGUGAUUAGAACAGGCUGUACCAGAUUCUUUGUACUUAAUAAAAGUCAAAACCCUAACCCUUGGUUAGCUCAUAACAAGACAGGAUAAGAACAAGCCAAGGCAUUUUCAACCAGU